GAGCGAGGCGCGCUCAUUCCUAGACGAAACGUCGGAGAGUACGUUUCGAAAGGUUUUAACAUUUGAGUAAUCGUAGCUCGCGAUUCGCAAUCAAAGUUUGUACACGUGUGGUCGAUUACGAAGCAGCAUCUUCGAAGUGGAUCAGUGAGAGGAACGGCGAAAGAGAAAGAAAGGAAGCGAGACGGAACAUCAGGGAAAGGCGAAAGCAGAGAGAGAGAGAGAGAGAGAAUACAAGUUUGUGUACGUAGAGGGGAAAAAACAUGGCCGAUAGUGGUAUCAAGCGCAACAUUCCCAUCAAGUUGGGCGACUUUAGCGUCAUCGACACCGAAUUUUCCAACAUAAGGGAACGUUUCGACGCCGAAAUGAGGAAGAUGGAGGACGAGAUGUCGCGAUUCCGCAGCGAGCUCAUGAAUCGCGAGAGCAAUUUCUUUAAGAGUACCACCAGUCGGCAUCACACGAGCAGCAGCGAGCACAAAACGUCGACGACCUCGAAGAUGGACGGUUGGGACAAGGUCGACCCUGCGGCAUCGUCGGCACGAUCGGCGUUCGAUAACUUUAAAAGCACGACCACACAACAAAGCAGUCAGAACAGUUCGCUGAGUCCACAACAUGACUCGACUUGGUUGGAUGGCCUUAACAGUCCUCUUAUUCAGGACGAGGGUGACAGUAAAAUGUUAAAACUACGAUUCGACGUGUCACAGUACACGCCGGAAGAGAUCGUCGUCAAGACCGUGGACAACAAACUUUUGGUUCACGCCAAGCAUGAGGAGAAAACGGAAAGCAAAUCCGUAUACAGGGAAUACAACCGAGAAUUUUUGCUGCCGAAAGGAACCAAUCCAGAGAGCAUCAAGUCAUCCUUGAGCAAGGAUGGCGUUCUUACCGUCGAGGCCCCUCUACCGGCUAUUGGUUCGGGCGAAAAGCUAAUUCCCAUCGCGCAUCAAUAAAAUUUCUUCGCGUCGUCCCUUUUCUCUCGCCAAGUUUCCUCAAAAAGCUUUCUUUAAAAAGCUUUUUUCCGAUAGCGAACAACAGAAAGAAACGUUGCAAAAAGAAACGCCCAUCAUUCGGUCGAGAGUAAUAUAUACCGAGAUCAACUUCCACUAAAUAUCCGAUCAAUACUUUUUCAACAUUUUUUUUCCUAUCAAGGAUCGAGAAGAAAAUUAUUCGAUCAUACGGAUACUAAUUCUUUUCUUCCACGAUCCGCCAUCGUCACGUAGGAAACUUUUUCGAAGAAUUUAUAAACCUUUUUCUAAAGAGAAAACAUUUAAAAUGCGCGAAAAGGUAUAACGAAAGCUGAAGAUAUCAAAAAACUAUAGAAAAUAAUAUUACUAAUAAUAUACACGCGCACGCGCACAUAUACAUAUAUGGAUGUUUGUAAAAAAAAGAAAAAAAAAAUUCUUUCCUUUUUACGCCUAUAUAGGAUUCCUUUCUUUGAUACACGAUGAUAUAUACACACGAUACUUGUAAUACUCUGAGAAAUGCGUAAAUUGCUCCGCAAUGUGCAAUGCUUUUGACAACGUCUCUCUCUCUCUUUCUCUCUCUCUAUUUUCUUUCUUCUUUUUUUUUGUUUUGUUUUUCCCCUAUCGCGUACGUAGGCACGUAACACCGCUUUGAAAGCAUUGUUAUACGUGUUAUUUUUCAGUUGUGCGCAUCAUGGGCUUAUACGUAAAUCUUGCGGUUUAUACGUGCACAAAGAUGAUCCUUCGUAUCAAUAACUUAUAUACUUGUUUUUAGUUUAGAUGUACGUUAAAAAGACCGUAACAACGAUGCUUGGCGUAAUUUAAGGUUUAUUAUUAUGAUCAUUAUUAAUUAUUAUUUAUGAGUACGUUAAUCGUUGAAGGAAUUUUCACAAAUAUGAAUGGAAGAAUACGAAAGUUUCGAUAAAAAUAAAAUUGUAAAAAAAGAAAAAAAAAAGAAAACGUACGACGAGAGUAGUAGUAAGUGAUAUUUUUCUCUUCAACGUCUUUUAUUUAACAAAAUAUUCUGUCGCUUUGUACAGAGAGAGUAUUAUUUGUAUAUGCGCAUACGAGUAGUAAUUGAGUACAUUGGUAGUACCAUCGCGUACCACCUUUAUAAAAUCGUUA